CGAAGAGGGCCAGACAGAGGACAUGUGGCGAGAAGGAGAAGAGCAGCGCGAGAACGCCGAUGGGGCAUGCCAUCGGCAGCAGGAGGAGCACAAGGGGGAAGGGGGGAGACCGAGGAGGCGGAGAAGGGCGCAGACGCGCGAGGAGGACUGCGCAGCAGGACGACGAGCAGGAGCGCCUGCCCCCCCCCCAGCGCAGCGCCCGGCGCGCGGGCUACACCUUCCGCGCGCUGGGGGUCGGCGGGCCCUGGGCCGGCGUGGGCACGAAGCUGGCGCUCUACGACCGCGCGCUGUCCGCGCUGGUCGGCGGCGCCAUCGCCCCGGAGGACCCGGUGCUGUUGCUGGACGCGUGGGACACGGUCGUGCUGGGCCCCGCCGAGGAGCUCGCCGCGAAGCUCGCCGCGCUUGGCGCCAUGGGCCCUGGCGGCAGGGUGGUCUGCGCGGCGGACCGCAUUUGCGCCCCGGAGCACAGGAUCGCGCCGCAGAUCGAGCGCCUCGACCCGUCGGCCAGCUCCCCCCUGCGCUACCCGAACUCCGGGGGCUUCGCCGGCACGGGGGCGGCGCUGGCGGCGUUCCUGGCCCAGCUCGUGCGAGGCACCGACGCUGGCGCGUUCACGGAGGGCUGCGACGAUCAGUUGCGCGUGCAGGAGGUGAUGCUCGCCUGCGCGGCUCGAGGCGCCCCGCUGCCGGUGGUCUUGGACUACGGGUGCAGCAUCUUCCUCAACAUGGGCGAGCCUGAGUGCAUCUGGGAUUACGAGCCUGCCGGGCCUCCGCGGGACGGCGGCGCCGGCCCGCCGGCCCCGCGCGUGCGGCACCACGCGACGGGCGAGCGGCCGCUGGCCGUGCACGGCUGCGGCGGCAACGGCCGUUGGUUCUUGGCGGACGUGUACCGCGAGCUGAUACCCCCGCGUUCGGCUGUCGCCAUUAUUCCCGACAGAGUGUGCGACGUGGGCCAGCUGUGGGAUAAUGUGAUAAGAUCCGCGAAUUUGAAGCACAUGGCGCACAUCCUGCCCGACGCGGCCGAGAACAGCGAGAGGCGAACGCAGCUUCUCAUCAAUUUUCCUGGCACGCGGGGUGAUGACGGCGGCAUCGCUCCAGGAGCUGACGACGGCCUGGCGCUGCCCAUUGCUGACAUUGGAGCCCUGGAUGACAGGGUGGCCGUGGAGGGCUUGCCAGGUGGACUACCCGACCUCGAGGACGCCGGCGGCGACGUGGGAGACCCAGCCCUCAACCACAAGCUGGCCGACCACAAGAGCAACUACCCUUAUAAGCGCCUCGACCGCGGCACUCGAGCAUGGUUCGAUUACUGGGGCGGCGACAUCGCGAAGCCAGAGGCCAAGAUCGACCUGCUGGCGAUAGCGAUCCACGGGAGGAACGAGGCGGUGGGCAUCGAGUGGCGGCGCCAGCGUUGCCGCAGGUUCAUGCACAGCCGAUCGGUCCAGGUGCCCCGCCGAUGCCUGAGCCCGCCAGCGGGGGCAGCGAGCGCCAGCGGCGGCACAGCAGCUGGGGCGCAUUUCGAGCGGAGGCUGCGGCGGGACUGGAGUCUCAAGGUGCUCGCCGAUUCAGGUAGCCGCCACAGGUCACAGGCGUCUUCGAGCCAGCUGUCGGUUAUACCAGCCGCGCGGCAACGAUCGCUGAGCGAGACCGCAUGUGAUUGCCUUCCCUCGGAAGCCCUGCAGCUCAUCAGCGAGCGCCGUGCGGGCCGCAAGAGGUCCCUCCAUUGUUCUAUGUUGGCCGAGCGUGAGGAAUCAACCGUGCUGGAUGAUGCCGAGUACGAGCCCGGUGGGCCUGUAUAUACCACACUGUCAGUCUUCAGAGGCGCUGCUCCAGACGACCUUACGUCUCCUGCAUCCCGUGUGUGGAAUGGUUCCUACGAUUUUGUGAACGCCAACUUCGCGCACCUCAGGGCUCGCUUUGCUGGUUGGCGUGAUGUGGUCAAGCGACUUGUCUCGCUCAGCUCCAGAGGUGCUCGACAGGGCGAUGCGGGGAGGUUCCACGGCGCAUGCCGCAGGGUAUUUCGAGAGCUUUCAAGCACCAUCCAGCGCAAAGACGUCGUGGGCGUGACGGGUAAGAAAGCUGCACUGCCUGAUUCGAAGGCUGAGUUCUUAUGUCUUUUUGCCAAUCGAUGUCUAUGCAGUCGCCGUGGUAGACUGGCAGUGACCGUCUUGAACGGCAUCCACAAGUGCAUGAAAGAUGCACAUCGGUCGAAGGAGUUGCGGCUGCAGUUGGUGCGAUCCGAGAUAGUGGUUCUCCUGUGUGCUUGGCCUGAAGUACGUGAUGGUGGUGGCAAGCUGGCGGCCCUCGACCCAGGCGCCAUCCCGUCGGAGUGCUUGUGGGUCCACGUGGCGCACGUGUUGCAGAAGCCGUGGGAGACGAUGAGAGCGAUGGCCGCCAUAGUUCGGAUGCUGACCAUGACCACGAUUCGGAUGAACCCGAGCAUGGUGAACUUGAGGCCAUCGUCCGCCGCCGCGUGGCGGCGCCGCGAACGCGCGCGCGACGCCUCGAACGGCUUCCUGUCGCGGGGCGCCGCGCGCGCGUUGGACUGCGUCUUGCGGGGCGCGCCGUUGCAGGCGCGCGGCGCGGAAGCGGCGCGCGAGGGCGCCGCCGACGUCCAGUCGCGCCGCGCGCGCGGCGGCUGCGCGUCAGAGAUGCCAGCGGCGCCGCCGAUUUCCGCGGCCGCGGGUCAGGGCUGCCACCCUCGGGCCGCGGCGCGCCGCAUCCCAGCCAUGGCGCCGUCGGCGCCGCAGUGCCUCGGCGCCGCGAGGUGGGCGCGCCUGAAGGUGUACAUGGGCGCGCCGUUGCGUAAGGGCGCCACGCCAGGGCUUCGCAUGCGCUGCAUCGGGCUUGCAAGCCUGAACGUGUUCAAGGUCCGAGGGCACACGCUCCGUCUGCAGUUGCAGGUGGCUGGGCUGUCCGAGAACAUGCGCGGCGAGCUUCGCUUCUCAAUCCCUGCGGAGAUUGAGAUCGUGCCGAAGGCUCCAGGCGCCAGUGCUGCCGCGGGUGCCAGCCAGAGCGCCAGUGCUGCUGCGGGUGCCAGCCAGGCCCCACAGGAGGCAGCGCUGGGCGCGUCGCCAGGUGCCGAUCGAGCCUCUCCCUGCGCCGCAGCAGCAGUCACCGACUGCGGCGCCGCCUCGGCCGAGCGCCGCCCCGAGCGUGGCGACGGCGAAGGACACGAGGACUUCAUAUUCAAGAUUUGUGCUAUGCGCGGCUUGGGCGCCAAGGCUUGUGGCAAGGCCGGAACGUCGACGCCUACUAAGCAUCCUGGGUCCAAGAAGGGCCUCGAACUUGUCCAGCCUCUGUCGGCAGCUGGCCUUGAGAGCUUCCCUGGCCAGUGCAUGGGCAAUCCCAGUGAUGAGCGUGAGCGGGCGGACUGCGGCAACACCUUGAAUAAUGCCCCGAAGCACGAGCAGUAUGACUGCAAGCAGUGGGGCGGCUACCAGAUCCAGUGGAAGAAGGAGGGUAAGCACUGGAAGGUGCUAUUACCAUCGGGUCCUCUGUGCUGGAACUGCGGCCCGACGGCUCGCGCCUUCUGCCAGCACGGCAGCCCGUCCCAGAUUGCGAUGAAGUGCAACGAGGUUUCAGAGUUCGACAAUGAGUUUUGUGAUGCAAUGGUCGGCUUGAAGGUGCCUGCUACUAAAGUGUUCUUCCCCAGCGACGUGGCCAGGACCCAGGCAACGUUCGUGCGGGCCAGCAAGCGGAAGCGGGGCCUCAGCCCUGAGGAAUACAAGGUCAAGGGGUGGAAGCUGAGUUUGGUCGACAACCCCGACGGCCCGACGUCCAAAAUGCAGGUCGUUGUGAUGGCGGACAGCAAGGAGCUCCGCGAGGCGAACAUCGGCAUCGCGAUCGAAUACGGCAUCGAGAGGUUGACGUCAGAGUCGGAGUACAAGGUUUUGGCCCAAACGCAGUUGUAUGCCAAGCAAGCGAAGAGUGUUUUCGCAGAUAUGAUAAAAGCAUCUGGUUUGGAGGAUCCUGCGUACAAGCGCGCUCGCCUUGCCACUCUCACGGCUGAGGAUUGCACGGCGACGCUCCCAGACAAGAAGGGCGACGACGACGGCGCGGAGGAUGGCGGCUUAGACGAGGGCGGCGAUGGCAAGGAGGCCGCGCAGGUGGAGGACGGUCACGACGUCCCCGCACAACGGCAAGAUAUUGGAUAUUGGGCAAAAUUGAAUGCCAAGGACUGGGCCUUUGUACACACGUGCGUCCCAUGCGCCUUCGACGAUUAUGUGGCGGAUGAGAAUGAGACUGCUGUGAGCAUGGCGUCCACUGCAGCCAACUUGGCCAUCAGGCUCGGCGAGAAUUUCGACCGGGUGCUGUCCGAGAAACUCAAGGCCAUCAACCUCACCACCAUUGCAUCGGGAGUGUCCAUGCUGGGCCACCGCCGUGCCAGGAUGAAGUCGAAGAGGGACCAGUUUACGAUGUCGGCCAAUUCGCAGGAGGGCGAGGCCGCCAAGAUCAUCACAGACAAGUUGAUCUUGGCUCAGGACGCAGAGGACCUCAGCAAGCCUGAGCACAUGUUCUCGAUGAGUGACGCCGAGUUUCGCACGAAGCUCGAGAGCCUGUCUGCUGCGGGCAUGGUCAUGCCAGUGAGCUUGGCAGUUGAAAUCAACGACAGGAAGGCUUCCGAGAUGGGCAAGAAGUUACUCGAAGAGGAUGGUCAUACUAAAAUCCCUGACUUUUUCAAUGUGGCGAUGCCUGUGGGCGCCGCGGCGGACGACGGCAGCGAGCAUGCUGCAGUCGACGCCAGCGAGGGGUACGACUGGAGAUCUCCGUUAGCCCGCCUCGUCCCUGGAACUGAGGCCAGCAUGUGCAUUCGGUUCGAGAGCGCCACCUUCAGUUACUUUGUGAAGCCUCUCUUCAAUGCUUGGGGCACAUCGCUGUCCCACGAUGCGUGCGAGAAGCUGGCGACAGAUGUGGACGCUUUCUUGAUCGAGAACACGCCUCAUGACGCCCCCGAGGUGAUCCAAGCAUCGAUCAACAAGAUCAUCGAGUGCAUGCGCGCGGCGCUGUACGUUCAGAACCCGCUGAAUGUCGCCAACCUCUCCGACUUUGAGAGUCUCUCAUCGGCGACGGCUUUGGAUGACAGCGGCUGGAAGGGCAUCCUCUACAACGCGUUCGAGCAGAUGGGCGAGUGCAGCUCCUUCAAGGCGCCGCUCCUGUCCAUCAGGAGGACUAAGGUGACCCACGCAGUCAACGUCGAGAAGAUCAACAUGGCAGUGCAGAUCUUGUCAUCUCUAUCUGGUGAUGCAACGGAUGAGCAGGUCACGGCCACUCGGGCGUCAAUGACAGACGCGGUGAAGAAUCUAACUACUCUGGGGGCUGGGUCGAGGGAUAAGUCGAUGCGCGUCCUGGACGAGAAGCUGGCAACGUUCUGCGGGCGCGUCGCUGACCAGGCUCUUGCGAUCGAGACCCUGUGGAAGUCGAGUGUAACCUACGAUGCUCCCAAGCUGACGUCGACAAUCGACGAGCUAAAGCAGAUCUCGACUUUCUUGGAGUAUGCUUCCUCUGGCAACCUUGCAUGCAUGCCGCUCAGAUGCGCCGCGGCACCAGAAGCAUGCAAGGACCUGUCGAGGCACAUGUCGAUCGAACUAUCGAAGAUCGGGUUCGCUGGCCGUCUCACUGAGAUCAGUGUCACAGACUUCUUCGACCAGGCCAAGAAGGCCACCUUCAUGGACCACCUCACCGCGAUCCUGAGGGUCGCGGACCUCGGGUCGCCCUUCCCUGCUGACGUGACCACCGCUGCAGAAGAGUUGCUCCAGAAGCUGCUCGAGCAUAUCACGAGUGAUGAGGCUGGCAUGGCUGGACAAAAGGCGUCGGAGGUGUUGCCCGUCGUGGGGAAAGUCAUGGAGCUCCUUCACCCUUCGACGCCGCCGAGGCAGGGGUGGAUUACAAUGCACAGGCUGAUGACCACUGCAGUUGACGCCAGGACCGCCCUUCUUCACUACAAGUCUCUUGGCAAUGAUGCGGCGUCCAGGGUUGCUUCUGAUAAAUCUGGUGUUCUUCUCAGGGGGCUGUUCGGUGCCGAGAAAUCGGUCCUUGCACAGUCCAGGCAGGCAGACGACAAAUACAUUGACAGCGUAUCCAUGCCUACGUUCCAUGCUGCGAUCGACGAGCUCAUCGAUUGCGACUCCAAGGCGAAGUACGAGGCCGCGAGGGCAGAGGUUGAUAAGAUCUGGACGAUGCCGAUGGACCCUGAUGAUACCGCCAGCGGCAGCCUCAAAUAUUGCUACCAGGGCACGUUCGACGGGAGCAAUUGGCAUGAUGUCAUCAGUGCCUCGGCGGACUGCGACGUGAUUUCCAAGCAUGCUGCCAGAACGAUCUUGUGCUUGGACCCCAUCAGGUUCAAGGCUGCGGUCUCUAAGUUCCAGAAAGCGUUCGGGGGCGCCCAGCUCGAGAGGGAGGGGCUGGACGUGAAGCCUCUCGCGCAGUGGGAGGUCGAGCAGGCGGCGAGGAUCGCCAAGGCGGUCACGACCUCGCGCGAGGCAACGAUGAUGGCCAUCUUCGCGAAGUUCAAAGACAAUCGCAACACGUUGCAGUCCAAGGUGAGGCUCGAGAAGAAUGCCGCUGAGAAGUCCAAGCCGAGCAGCUGGGAGCACGUGCGCGCGUCGGUGAAGAAGUGCGCGGAGCACGCCAUCAAGUUGCUCCCUCUUUAA